AGCAUUCACCAUGGCCGCAUUCACCCCGCAAACACUGCCGAACACCGAAGUGCUCUCGCCGGCGAACACUCGGAGCAAGUCCACCCGACGACCACGAUGAGCUCGGGAGACGAAUCGGCCCAAGAGCUUUCGAGUGCCAACGACGCGCCUCAGCAGGCUCGAGCAGCCUCCCGCCGACAGUCGCGCACCCCAGGGACUCGACGCAAACGUCGUCGAAUCGAGUCAGCUGAGCGUUCCCGUGUCCGCAAGUACUACCUCGAGGGCAAGUACAGCGAUGCCUACCGCGUGCUCUUCAACGGAGACGUGAGCCGUGCAGCUGCCCGCUUUGAGUCCACCGACGGUCUGCAGCACUAUGCCACACAAUAUGGCGCGUCCGUCUGGUCUGGCAAGGAGCAGGCGACUCUCUUUGCGGCCCUCGGAAGGCUUGGCAGGGACGACGCUGCAGGCAUAGCGCAGGCCAUCGGCACGAAGACCGUCACCGAGACACGCGAGCUGCUGCUCCUGCUAGAAGAUGCAGCCGUCGAGCACAGGGACGUGGGCAUGACGUUGCGCGACAUCCCCGCGGCGAUCGAAGUCGGGCAAGAGUGCACAGAGGAGCUCGACGUCAUGGCCGAAGCACUGGCUUGGUAUCAGGAGCAGUGGGAGGUGUCCGAGGAGCAGAAGCGUUGCGGCGACUACUGGCUCAUCACGCCGGCUGUAGCUGAAGACAUGGAAGCUGCAAUAAACGGCCCCUCUCGGGCUGCGUCCACUCGUCCAACGACGCCAGCUGAGCCAGGCACGCCGCACGCGGGUCCGGGCAUUACAGGCUCCUGUGUGCGCUGCAAGCAUCACAAGAUACGCUGCGACCGCAAAGUACCUUGCACCAACUGUGCACGGUUGAAGAGAAAGGUGGCAUGCAAGUACAAGCGUUCCAAGCGAAACGUGCUCUCUGUCGAUCUUACGCCGCAGGCACCGACAAUGGAGGAGGCGCAAGACCAAGCUCCUCAACCAGGUAUCCCCGCCCAGUCACAGAUACUACAAGCCAUUCCCCAAGCCAGCUUGCUGCAUGCCGAGAACAUGCUCUCCCUCUCGAAAGAUCUGUUCAUGAAUCGCUCGCCUGACCUACCGUCGCCGUGGCCCCACUGGUCCGCGUAUGCUUCCGAGCAAGUACCAGAGCCUUCAAUCCUGCGUACAGCGUUCAAUGACUUUCACGCUCUUGCCGUCUCCGUGACCAAACGCUUGAUGCAGACAGCCAUCCUAGAGGCCACUUCGCGUCUUCGCUCCCAGCGCCGCCGCACAAAGAAAGGAGUGAUGCCUCUCGUAAAGACAAGAGACGUGCUGUCCGCAAUCGACGUCCUUGGGAUGAAGAGAAACGGGCGUUCGCAGUGGACAGGUGCUGCAAGGCGUUGUAACGUGCGAGUCUUCGACGAACAACGGACCACGAGGUUCAAGAUCAAGCAACGUGAGAUCUCAUGGGAUCAAGCUGAGCAGAUCUUGGGGCUCUAUGAUGCAGUGACUGCGCCAUCAGCCAGUGAUGCGCGUGCUACUGGGUCUGCUGCAGAUUCGGAGGACGAGAAAGCAUUCAGACAAAGAGCUGCUCGCCACGGAACGCCUCUUCCGAUGGAACAUCUCUCUUUGUCCAACUCGGAUUCGGACGUUGAAACCGAGGAUGACGCUGCAGGGUCCGAUUCUGCAUCAUCUGAUGACAGAGACGAGGAGCUCACGGAUUCUGUGAAACACCAGAUUCGAGACUCUAUCGAUCGAUCCUCGAGUGCUGAGCCUGGAGAAGCGACUCAAGACCAUGUACGCGGGAAACAGACUUUGGAACAAUUCGACCAGGAAGCCAGUCGACGAGAGGAGGAAGCGCUCUGUAACCUCCUUGGCUUCACUACUACAAUUAAGCAGAAGUCGCCCCACGGUGAUGGAUCCGAGGUCGAUUCCGAUGAUGGCCUGGAAAACUUCGUUACGAGUGCGGAUGACUGGCGCAAUUGGACGGAGUACCAUGCAACAUGGGAAGAACACCAAACUCCAGUUCCGUCUGCCAGAUUUGCCGCUAAUCAGCAACCGCGCAAAACGACACCUGCCAGCCGCCUCAAUACCGAUUCGGACGCAUCGUCGACUGCGUCUGGGAGCCCACAGCAAACAAAACACAAUUUCACCGGGGUGGUGGAACUACGUGUUCGAGACCCUCGAACCUAUGCAGCUAUGCAAAACCAUGCCUCUGGCAUUCACAGUGAUAGUGCGAAGUCUGAUCUCUCCGGAUCUGACGACGACAUGGAUGCAGACGUGCCUGCGCAGUCGGUCGAGAACACAGAGGUUCCGCAGAAUAGCGAUGUUCAGGAUGCGAUGGAUUGGGAGACUUGAAAGGAUCCCGUGUGUUACUGCCGUGCUGAACUAUGAAGCCGACGUCCCUGGUGCUAACGACGAUGCUUCCGGCAUAGCCAUCGCUAUGGAACUCGCCCACAUCUUAUCCACCCGCCAGCCCAGGUCAACAAUCAUCCUCGGCGCCUUUGCUGGUGAAGAGCAGAACCUUUACGGCAGCACUUUCUUCGCCAACGCGCUCCGCAAUGCCUCCGUCAACGUCGAAGGCAUGCUCAGUUGCGAUCUCGUUGGAAGUUUGACCGGCGAUAGUGGGCAGAAAGACCCCUUCACAAUCCGCGCCUUUGCACAAGGACCUGCUCCCUCGGAGAACACGACAGUAGCAGUGCGCCGUCUGCAGAUCGGUGGUGAAAACGACAGUCCCACGUGGGAACUCGCGGAACGUCGCCAUCAUCUACCGUCUCGACCACUCGCCCUUUCCUUGCAGCUG